CCCUUGACCUACGGCCCCCCCAGCAGCCGCACGCCCUCCAACGUGACGGUGGUGGACGGGUCGGAGGCGACGGUGGUGUGCCCGGUGGCCGGCUACCCGAUCAAGUCCGUGACCUGGACGCUGCACGGGCGGCCCCUGACGCCGAAGCCGCGCCGGUCGCCGCGGGCGGACGGCAGCCUCGUGUUCCAGAGCGUGGAGGCCGAGCAGGACGUCGGCCUCUACACCUGCACGGCCUCCAACGCGCAGGGCAGGACCGCCACCGCCUCCUUCAUCCUCGGCGUCCUCAAGCCGCCCGUGCUGGCCGAGCUGAAGUUCCCCGCCGGCCUGGUGGAGGGCAUGCGGUUCUCCCUGUCCUGCUCGCUGCUCAGCGGCGACCUCCCCAUCAGCCUGCGGUGGGAGAAGGACGGGCGGCCGCUGCCCAGGGACCCCGUGCUGACGGAGACGCACUCGCAGUUCUUCACCAACCUCGUGUUCACCGACAUCCGCGGGAGGCACGCCGGAGAGUACACCUGCACGGCCUCCAACGCCGCCGCCGCCUCCUCCGUCACCGCCACCAUGCACGUGCGCG